AUUUAAUUUUGAAUGAAAUGAAUAAACUCACAAUGAAGUAGUUCUUAUGAAUUUAUUAAUCCUAAAUUGAGUAGUCUUUGCAAAUUUAGUUUUGAGCCAUUGUUACCAAGUUUAGAAUAUCUAUUGGUUUUAAAUAAGUAAUUCUUACGGAUUUCUUUAUCUUGACUUGGGGAUGGUCUUUGCAUAUUUACUCAGCCAUUGUAGUCGGGUUGAGUGCGUUAGAGUUAUCAGUCUUUCUUCAAUGCCAAUUAGACGUAUUGUUUUGAUCUUUCAAGUCAUGUCAACCUUUUUAGCUUAAGUCAUUUUGUAGGACAGAAUAUUUUUAUUAAGCAUUAUGCAUACACCACACAUUGACUUUAAUAAGCUUUGCAAAUUUGGUCUUGAGCCAUUGUUAUCACCCGGAUUGAGUGCUUUAAAGUGGACAAUCUCCUUUCAUUGUCAAUUAACUUAUUGCUUUGAUCAUUCAAGUCACGUCAACAGUGACCAGUCUCCUUUCAAUGUUAAUUAGACGUAUUGCUUUGAUCUUUCAAGUCACGUCAACUUUUGUAGCUUAAAGUCAUCUUGUAGGACAGCAUACUUUUAUUAAGCAUUAUGCAUACACCACACACACAUUGAUUUGAAUACUUUUUGUAAAUUUAGUUUUGAGUUAUUGUUACUGUAUUUAGAUUAUUUAUUGAUUUUAAAUAAUCAAUUCUUAAUAAAACUUGCAUACUAAAAUGGUGGAAGCAAAAAUAACCUAAAGAAAAAUGAUAUUUAUAGUAUGUCUUGGAGUCAAUAAUUUGUUUUCUAACCCCAAAAUCCAACAAUUUACGAGUUCCUUAUUCGAUUCAAGGAUAAGUUUCAAUGGAGCUUAUCAACUCACAAAAAAAGGUAGUUUCGAAUUUCUUAAGCUCACUUGAAUAGUCGUUGCAAAUUUCCCUAGUCAAUCUUUCCGGAUUGAGAACAUUAUGGUGACCGUUGCUUAAGUCUUCUUGUUAGUUACAUAUCAGUAUGUUCAUCACUUACCUUUUCUUUGUAAAUGCAUUACAGAUACUCAAUAACGCGUUUUAAUUUCUAGUUUCUAAUUUCCACACGUUAAUGACUGUCAACGUGUGGAAAGUAGAAAAUUGUAGUCACACUUUUUGGAAUUUUUAUAUAUUUCAAAGAAAAAUGGAAGAGGAAAGUGUCCUGCUUCUUGUUGAAAGUUAUUUGGGUGAUGGAUUGGCCUUCCCUAUAACGUCGUUUUACAAUUUUUUACUUUUCACACAAUAAUGAUUGUUAAUGUGUGAAAAGUAAAAUAUUGGUGACUUA